GGUUGCGGCGGCGCGAAGACCCACCACGAACCUGGCCUCUGUUCCACCCAUGUUCGAACUCAGCAAAACAAAACUAUCUCAAACGAUCCUGGAUUUGAAAACCCGCACUCUUUUGAUGUGAGAUCAGCAGUAUCGGAUCCAUUUGGACAUAAAUAUCAAUCCAAUCGUUUGGAUUUAUUGAGAAUGGGACAUCCAAGUUCUCACAUGCUUCCUCUAUUGAUCGUUCGAAGAAUCCAGUUUUUUUCCCGCCAUUAUUCUUCAAGUCUGCACGUAGUUCCAAUUUCUCCCCAACUCUCCAAACUGACAAAGAAAUCAUGCAUCGAAUAUCUCCGGAACUGCAAAUCCUUGGAUCAACUCAAACAAAUUCAGAGUCAGAUCUUUCGAAUCGGUCUCGAACGGGACAGGGACACCACCAACAAAUUGAUGGCAUUUUGUGCGGAUCCAUCUGUUGGAAACUUGCGCUACACAGAGAAGAUGUUCGAUUACAUACAAGGUCCAUCUCUGUUUGUUUAUAAUGUGAUGGUUAAAGCGUAUGCCAAAAGGGGUAGUUUCAGAAAAGUCCUUUUGCUAUUUCAACGGUUGAGGGAAGAUGAGUUGUGGCCUGAUAAUUUUACUUACCCGUUUGUUCUAAAAGCCAUUGGUUGCUUAAGGGAUGCGAGGAAAGGUGAAAAGGUUCAUGGCUUUGUGGUGAAAACGGGAAUGGUUUGUGAUACUUAUGUUUGUAAUUCACUUAUGGAUAUGUAUGCGGAAUUGGGCAAGGUUGGGAAUGCCAAGAAGCUGUUCGACGAAAUGCCGAGGAGAGAUUCUGUUUCUUGGAAUGUUUUGAUUUCUGGGUAUGUUAGGUGUAGGAGAUUUGAGGAUGCUGUUAAUGUAUUUAAGGAAAUGCAGCAAGAAAGCAAUGAGAAACCUGGUGAAGCUACUGUUGUUAGCACUCUUUCUGCCUGUACAGCUCUGAAAAAUCUGGAGCUGGGGGUGGAAAUUCACAACUAUGUUAGAAAGGAGCUUGGUUUUACCACUAUAAUCAAUAAUGCAUUGUUAGAUAUGUACGCAAAAUGUGGGUGUUUAGAUAUUGCCCGCAAGAUAUUUGAUGAAAUGCCAAUGAGAAAUGUGAUUUGUUGGACCAGCAUGAUUUCUAGCUAUAUUAACUGUGGUGAUUUAACAGAGGCUAGAGACUUGUUUGAUAGAAGUCCAGUUAGAGAUGUUGUUCUGUGGACAGCAAUGAUUAAUGGGUAUGUGCAGUUCAACCAUUUUGAUGAGGCUGUGGCCUUGUUUCGCGAAAUGCAAUUUCAAAAGGUAAAGCCAGAUAAGUUCACGGUAGUCGCCCUUCUUACGGGCUGUGCGCAGUUGGGAGCUCUAGAGCAAGGGAAAUGGAUCCAUGGAUAUCUAGUUGAGAACAGAAUAACAAUGGAUACUGUGGUUGGUACUGCACUCAUUGAAAUGUAUUCCAAAUGUGGAUGUGUGGAUAAAUCUUUAGAAAUUUUCUAUCAGUUGGAGGAGAAGGACACGACAUCAUGGACAUCGAUGAUUUGCGGUCUUGCCAUGAAUGGGGAGACCGGUGAAGCGCUUAGGCUGUUCACAGAAAUGGAACUCGAGGGAGCUAAGCCUGAUGAUAUCACCUUCAUUGGUGUUCUGAGUGCCUGUAGUCAUGGUGGAUUGGUAGAGGAAGGACGUCGGUAUUUCAACUCGAUGAAAACGGUUUAUCGAAUUGAGCCAAAGGUAGAACACUAUGGGUGUGUUAUCGACCUCCUUGGUCGAGCGGGGCGGUUGGAUGAAGCGGAGGAACUGAUACGAGAGAUUCCCAGUGAAAAUAAUGCAAUUCUGAUUCCUCUCUAUGGUGCUUUGCUUAGUGCUUGCAGAAUCCAUAAUAAUGUUGACAUGGGUGAAAGAUUAGCCAAAAAACUAGUGAACAUAGAAUCAUGUGAUUCUAGCAUUCACACACUUCUUGCGAAUAUAUAUGCUUUUGCCCACAGGUGGGAAGAUGCAAAGGAAGUGAGAAGGAAAAUGAAAGAGCUUGGAGUUAAGAAGAUGCCUGGAUGUAGUUCGAUCGAGGUCGAUGGCAUCGUUCACGAGUUUCUUGUUGGGGAUCCAUCUCAUCCAGAAAUGAUGGAAAUAUGCUCCAUGUUGGAUAGCGUGGUUGGACCAUUACUGGGACCAAAGGAAUCCGAGCUUGAAAUUGUGAUACCACUUCACAUUGAUGGCACUGUCGUGUUGCAUCCAUUACAUGAGGCUGACAAAGUUUCUUGAUUAUCUUCUGUGGGGUUUCAAAUUUGCCAACACACUCGGGAAACAUUUUUUUGAGGCAUUUGAUGUAGGCUUGACCAAACAUAUGACCUAUCCAGAGAUGUCGAGAGAUGUCGAGAGAUGAUUGAGGAGUUUCGAAUUUGCCAAUGCUUAGGGAACAGUUUUUUGAGGUGUUCGAUGUAGGCUUUGUUAGGAAUCACCGAUCUCCACAAUGGUAUGAUAUUGUCCACUUUGAGCAUGAGUUCUAAUGGCUUUAUUUUGGGCUUCCCCAAAAGGCUCUAU